UUUUCAUAGAUUUAUAAGUAGAUUUUACUUAGUUUUGAUGUAAUGUGAAUUAUUUAAGUGAGAGUAUUCUCUAUGUAAUUUAUAUGUCGAAGAGCAUCGAUCUAUAAAGUACAAACAAGCAAAAAACAAAGGAUAUUUCUUCAGAUUCAAACAAGCUUAAAUUGUAGAGAAAGUGAAAGUUUGAAAGAAUACUCACGUUGUCAACUGCAUAGAAUAAAAUAUAAACAGAGGGUCGACUUGAAUUGAAGUACAAUUGAUACAAUAAAAUGUUCCAAUACCAUAUACAUAUUAUAUCUAUAUCUAAGUCGUAAGCAAAGACCAAAUCACAUUAAAGCGAAUACGUUAAAGGAAACUCAAAAUGCAUCAAGUGCUGAGCUAUGAUACGGCUGUGAGGGCCAACAGUUCCCGUGACUAUCGUGAAUAUAUAUCAAAGCGAACAUGCACCUCACUGCUCUUGACGAUUGCCUUCUUCAUGCUCAUCUCAGGCUACUUGCUCGGCAAUUUUGUGACGGAACGCAAAUAUCACAUACGCCAGCUGCUUACAAAAAAGGCAAUUAAGAGCGGAGGCGGAGAUGGGACUGUGGACGUCGAUGGCAAUAGGUCAGUGCAGUUGAAUAGCGUGGAUUAUGGCAGCUUGCAGGAGCUGCGUGCUUAUCAUAAAACCAAGGAACAACUGUUAUCCGCAGCUCAGGUGCUCAAUAAACUGUUGCAGCAGGACGAGAGCGAACGUUAUUUGGCCACAUCAUUAAAUACGGAGAUUUUCAACAAAUACAUUAGCUGCACCCAGGACAUACCGCCCAAUACGAAUAUAAAAGCUAGUCAGUUUAUCGAGCAACUUAUCGAUAACACCAUUGCCAGACAACGCGAUUGCAUGAGGAUCAUUCAAGUUGUCAUCGACAAUCAUCUGGCCAAUAGUCAGCUCUGAGCUCUGAGAUACACAAAUCUUGACCAGUUGAACAAAUUCUAUGGAUGUUAAACAAUGUCUUUUUAGUUCCAUUAAUAUUAUUUAAAUUGUAGAUUACUUAUUUGUAUGGAUUUUUAUAUAUAUUAAUGUGUGUAUGCGUAGAGAGUUUUCACAAUGUAUUUUCAAAGCUAAUAAAAGCCAAACAUAUCUAAAUGAA